AUGCGCGCCGCAGUCAUCUUCAGCCUGGCGCUCGUGGCCACCGCGGUAACCCUCGACAAGACACAAUGCCAUUUUAAGCCCUCGCCAAACGCCACUACCGAGAAUUACCCUGGUGCCAAAUGCGGUUCCAACGACCAGCCACUAUACGACCUUAAUCGUCUGUCGGAAGUCCCGAUUGCGACCAUCUGCAACUCCGACAAUAGCACCCAAGAGCUAGACUGCGCUCGAAAGUAUAUUAAUGCCAUUGAUGAGCAGAUUGCAUAUCUCUACGCCCGCCGACUUGGAUAUGCUGCAGUGGCUGGACACUCCAAGUACCGCUCCGGCGCUAACCUAAACGACCCCACGCGAAAUGCGGCCGUCGCGGAAGGCAUGGCGUCGCGCGUGCUUAGCUAUGGUGGAAACCUAGAAACAGGUCGGAUUAUGGGAGGCGAGGGCUGCCAGAUAUAUGCCAGUCUAGAAUACGAGGCUGCCAAUAUUCAGACGACCUGCAACUCUGACUUUAAGGAGCAAUUUUCUCGCACGUGUAACUAA